UGUUUAACUUCCGGGGUAAAAGGUCAAAUUCGCGCUUCGAGGUUUCUCUGGUCCACGGGGCAGCCUUUUCUUAUUUUAAAAACGUCUAAUAGAAAUCGACUACGUUAAACUACGCGAGUGAGUGUAAGCAACGUGAACUCGAGUCAUCCGUGUCAAUUAUGUCGUCUGAUAGAGCGAUCGGCCCCGCUGUGCCCCGGAUGUUUAAAAAGGAAGAGAGCGAUGAAGACUCUGAUUAUGAGGAUGGAUUCUCUGGCCCUGCUUUGCCUCCCGGGUAUAAACGCGCAGGAUCUUCGAGCUCCUCGGAUGACAGUGAACACGAAGUGUCCACCAAAAGAGCCAGAACGAAACACACCGCUGCAGAAAGAUCUGCAGAAAAGGUGGAGAACAUAAAGGUUAAAGAAACAGGAGAUGAUGGUUUUUUUGGACCAGCAUUACCACCAGGAUUCAGGAAACAACAAAGUUCACCAGAAAGGCCCCCCGUGCUGGGACCAGCGUUGCCUCCUGGGUUUCGCAGGGCAGCUCAUGAAGACGACGAUGAUAACGACGAUGAAGAUGGAGAGGAUUUCCCAGGGCCCGCCCUGCCCCCCGGGUACCAGGCGGAGUCCUCCAGCAGCGGGGACGAGGACGUGAUUGGGCCCAUGCCGCCCACAGGCCCCAUCGAGGACUCUGUGGCCCUGGACUUUGAGCGCAGAGCGCGCCGGAUGAAAGACAAGCUGACCGGAGAUAACACUCCCGAGGUGGUGGCCAGAGAAACGUGGAUGACGGAGCUUCCACCAGAACUGCAGCACAUCGGCCUGGGGGCUCGGACCUUCAAGAAGAAGUCCGGUCCGAAGAACAAGGAUCGCUCUAUUUGGACGGAUACGCCAGCAGACCGGGAGCGCAAGCUCGAGGAACGCCUUGAGAAAAAGAAGAAGGGUGAGGAGGAGGCAGACGACGUCCCGCUAAUCUCCCAAAAGGAUGUGGAAAUGGCCAAAAAAGUGUCGAAGUAUAACGAGUCUAAACGUGCUGAGUCUCUGGUCAGUAUGCACACAAAGAAGAUAAAGGAAAAAGCAAAGGAGAAGGCCGACAAACCAGUGGAGAGGAGAGCAUUCGAUCGGGAGGAAGACCUGCAGGUGAAUCGCUUCGAUGAAGCGCAGAAGCAGCGGCUGUUGAAGAAAUCUCAGGAACUGAACACGCGAUUCUCCCACAGCAGCGACCGAAUGUUCCUGUGACAUUGUCAAUAUGUUUGUGUUUUUUCUUUUCAAUGGCGAACUGCCAUUGACUAGACGUCGAUUUUUCCAUAGAGGUUUUGUAAAAAUAUGGACUGUUUGUACGGAUUCUUUUGUUACAAAAAAGGGGAAAGUAGAAUUCAGCUUAACUUGACCAAAAAGUAUAUUAAAGAAAUGGCAAUUUGUAGGAAAUUACACCGACGUGGUGGAAAGCUUGUGUUUUAAGCUGUGAUAAAGCAGCAGCCAGUGGAGCUUGUAUUUUUUCAGCAGACAGGUGGAAAUAUUGGGGAAAUAAAUUACAUAUUUUACUUGAAUUCAUAUAGUGAUUUGUUUUUUUUCAAAAUGUCGUACUGUAUAGAUUUGCGUAAAAUGUAUCACGUUGAAUACUCUCAUAUAUUCUGUAUGUGUCCAAUAGACAUAUUUGCAUUUUUUAGGUUCAUUAAAUGUGUUCAAACCAUU